CACUUCCAAUGACCGAGCAUGGCUGGUAUUUGAGAUGCUGAAUUUUGCUGGUAAUCAGUUUGUUUUUGGUUUAUUGGAAGACUUAAAUUUACCGAUAUCAUGGGAUUAUUUGGAGUGCAGUUGGUGCUGAGUAUGACUAUGGCAAGCGUUCUUUCCAAGCUGUCUCCCCAUUUCUCAUUUGCUAGAUGGCUCCUGUGUAGAGGAACUUUAGUACGAUACCUGCAUCCAUCAGAUGAAGAACUUAGGAAACUGUCAGGAAUAAUACCUGCUAGUAAUAAUGUGAAAGGAAGGGGCAGGAGAGAUCGGAGAAAUGCAAAAGAUGUUGAAGACAAGAACUUUACAGUGCCCCGUAAUCUGAAUAUUGAAUUAGACACUGCACCAAUCACAGUCAUUGAUGCUAUACACCUGCAAUAUUACACAGAGUUUCAGUGGUUGAUGGACUUUUCUGUGUGUGCCCUUACUGUGUAUAUUAUUACUGAGAUAUACAAUGAAUCUACUAGACCAAAGGCGGAGUUUAACCUAAGUCUAGUGUGGAUUAUAUUAGUGAUUUUAUUUGUACUUAGAAUUUUAUACACUCUGACUGCAGCCUACUUUCGGAGUGAAGACACUGGUGAAAUGGCAAUGUGUAUUACGUUUGGUUUUUUUUUCUUUGUGCUUGCCAUGGUGAUUCUUAUCAUUGAUGAAGAUAUCCUGGAAUUACAGCUGGACCAAGCCUAUGACAGUUUCUCUGGCAAUGCUUCCACAUUCCUGGAACAUCAAGAUUUAGAAUCCAGUGGUCCAAUCUCUAUGAUCAGUUUUAAGUUGAUUCUUGCCUGCAUGGGGGCAGUUAUUGGAGCUUUUCUGACUUUUCCCGGUUUACGAUUCGCCAAAAUGUAUCUGGAUGCACUGAAAUACAGUAAGGACACUCCAAUGAAGCAGGUAUUCCUUCAUAUAAACUUCCUGAUGCCUUUUCUGGUAACCUUAGCAUGGAUAAAACCAAUAUCCCGGGAUUAUAUCCAGGACCCAUCAUUAGGAAAAAAACUAACUGGACACAAAGAACCAAUACUUACUGAUGAAGGAUUUGAAUUGAGCAGAAUGGUCUUCAUUCUGUUGCUAUGCCUACUGAGGGUUCUUUUGUUCAAUACUCAUCUACAAGCGUAUUUAAACAUGGCUUACGAGAGAAUUGAAAAUAUGAAGAAAGAAGCAGGAAGGAUAAGUAGUAUUGAUCUGCAGAGAAAGGUUGCCAGAGUUUUUUAUUAUUUAUGCGUAGUAUCAUUGCAGUAUACAACACCCAUCUUGUUAUUACUAUAUACAACGUUUUUACUCAAAACAUUAGGUGGAUACAACUCUGGAAUCUUUGAUGAAUUUUAUACUGGUGAUAGCAGUGUUUUAUCAACAAAUCAGAAUUCAAUAACUGUAGCUAAUUCUUCCUCAACAUCUGCAGAGAGUGAUACCACUGCCGAUAUUGCCACCGCUACAAAACAAUUCACUUUAGCGUUUGCCGCAUUGCGUAAUAUUUUCACCAUGCUCUUUUUUCGAGGUGUAUUAUCGUUCUUCUGCUGGUGGUUGUGUCUUACGUGGUUUGUAACAAGCAUGUUUGGAAUCGUCUACUAUACAUAUUUCACAAUAUCGUGAGAAGCAACUGUGCACAUAGACUCUGUUGCUAGGUAAUCAUGAUGUGGUGGACCCUGUUGCCAGGUAACUGGGAUAUGAAUGUGUGUGGUUGCCAAGUAACCGGGAUUGAGUUUGAAGAGCAAUAUCCUUCAAUAAUGUUGUUUUAAUGGUUGCAUGGUCAUUAAAAUACA